GUGUGUGUGUGUGUGUGUGUAUAUAUAUAUAUAUAAAAUAUAUAUAAUUUUCUUACUGCUUUAUAGGGUUAAACUUUAUUUUCUAACUAAAGCAUAGAAGCAAACAAGUACUAAAAUAGACAGCCCGACAAAAUACAUAGUUGCAGCUUAAACUUUAUGUAAAUAUAUGGAAUUUAUUGGUUGUAUUUAAUAUUUUUUAUUUAGCUGAAAAGCCGAUAACAGGUUGUUUCAUGAUAGGUUCCCAUAAUUACGCGACUGGGGCAUGUUGUCACAGAAAGUCAAUGAACUUUGUCUGAAAUGUAAAAUAGCUUUUAUUAUUAUUAUUAUUAUUAUUAUUAUUGUGAGACACUGUUUGUGCAUAUAUUACAAAAAUACACCCACCCUAAGAAAUAUUCACUUGAGUAAACAGUGUGUGCCAUGUAAAGGAUUUGCUGUCGAACUGUUUGAUGGUACUUACACUUGAAUGAAUUCCUUGUUGGUCAAAGUUGGGCUUUGCUUUGGAAUUUGUCAUCUGUAAAUGCCAUGUCUUCUUCAAACAAGUUAAACACAUUUUGUUUUAAAUGUUACAGCGUGAACUCACUGGACAUUGCGUCCGUUCUCCGCCAGACCUCAAGAGGCCGCCGAGUGCAGCCAUUAUUUCAAAAUUCCCAAAAGGCGCGAACAACCUGCUUCCGGUUGAAUGUUGUUGUUCGUUGCUUCGGUCAACUUCACGACAACCGUUCGCCAGCGAGGUGUAACUGUUUAAUUCAGUGAUGUGAAUCGUUAAAGUUUAACAGAGACAAACAUACAGACUUAUUUUAACCGUAAAUAAUGGAACUCUUUAACGUAGAGAGUCGCGAGGCGGCAAUCCCUGCUCUACCUCUCUCUGCCCUGCGUCUGGUUGUGCCACCUCUCCGGCUGAUGUCGGCGUUUUUAUGGCAGGUGAUUCAGCGUCGUAAUGUGACACAAUAUGGGAAGCUGGAGCAGUUUGUGGUGCUGGUAACAGAGACUAUUCCAGACAUCAUGAGUCGAAGUCUGGUUAAUAAACUGAUCUUUCACCUGAGGAAAAAGGUGAUCUUGGAGCUCUGUCUGAAAGAUAAACCACCAGACCUCUGGAUCAUUCAGGCACAUCUGGAUUCACUUCGAAAUUUCACACACAAAUGUAAAGAUGUGGAAAGUGAGAUCAUCAAUAACAAAUUUGUUAGAAUGGUGCACAGCAUCUUAGAGGACACAGAAAAGAAAGAGAAUUUCAUUCAGCAUGUCUUUCCUAUAGAAUAUGGAUCAGGAUACGAUGCAGUGAUGCAAAGCCUGGCAUGGGAGUUCCUGUCUCGAGUGGAAGAUCUGCUACCUGUUCCCAACCUUAAAGAGACGGCUUCAAGGCUUUGUGGUGGCCUGUCUAUGAUGGAGGAGAUUGUGCAGCCACUAUCAGAUCCAGUUGAGAUCAAGGAUGUGCUUCAACACUUCAAAAUCAGACAACUCCUUGUGAGAAAUAAUGAGCACUCUCAAAGAUUUAUCAGUGAAAUGUCCAUUCCUUCUACAGCUGAAGUGGUUGGUUUGCCUCAACCAGUUGCACAAGAGACAAUCUCGCCUGCCGUUACCAUUGAACAUGAGGAAAGUUUACCAACCACUUCCAUCGCACAAGAGACAAUUAUCGUUGAAUCUAGUGGCACCGAGAACGAAUCAGAAACUGAACAAGCGGCCAUUACUAUAAUGAGCCCUGCUCACAGUUAUACUGAAGAGGAUGUAGCAGACAGCGAGGAGUUUACAGCAGUAGCCAGCACUGAAGAAACAGAGGAAGUCUUAGAACAAGAAGAGACAAUUUGUGAAGAGAAGGAUUCAGAGAUCUGUGAAGUCCAGCAAAUCUACCUCACUGCAGAUGGUUCUGCUGUGGUUGUAUCAGAGUUUGAAAAUGAGGUAGAGGAGACGACUCAGCUGCAGUUCCUAGAACAACCAGAUAUGAUUGAAGCAUCUGGUGUGAGGCAAGUCAGCUUAGAGCAGUGGAUCUCAGAAUUAACUGGAAAGGGCAUCUCUCUACCAGUUUUGCCUCCGAAUCCUGUUGAGAUUGUGAGGGAGGAAAUGAUCUAUGUUCCCGUCAUAGAAAGACCACCAUCUGUAAAGUCCAUCAUCCACAGAAAGAGCAGCCCACCACAAGUUGCUGUUUCCAAAAAGACAGCUGCCGCAGCUUCUGAAUCACAGACAAUGCAAGAGGAGAAACGACACACGUGUCCCGAAUGUCACAAAGAGUUUCGUUUCGAGUGCCUGCUGCGCAAUCACAUGCGCACUCACACAGGCGAGCGUCCAUUCCAGUGUUCAGACUGUGGUAAAAGCUUCCGGUGUCUCAGCUUCUUGACCAAUCACAUCAAAACACACUCGCUAGCCAGACCUUUCAAAUGCACGCAGUGCAUCAAGACCUUCCGCAAAAAAGCAGACCUCAUCAAGCACAUCCGCGUGCACACGGGCGAAAAACCGUACAACUGCACCGUCUGCGGCAAGAGCUUCUCCCAGGGCUCAUAUCUGAAGAUUCAUCGCGAAUGCCACACCUCGGAGAACCUCCACCAGUGCCCUCACUGUGACAAGAGGUUUCCGACAGCAUUCAAGCUGUCCAUCCACGUCCGACACCAUUCCAUGGAGCGCUCAUACCAGUGUAACCUGUGCGGGAAAAGUUUCAUCUACGCCAGCCUUCUCAGAAGACACAAAGGUUAUCACGCAGGUGAGCGGCAGUACCUGUGUUCUCUCUGCGGCAAGUCCUUCGUCUACAUGUUCGACUUAAAGAAGCACCAGCGCAACCAUGAAAAACCCCGGGACAAGAUCCCAUGCAGUCUUUGUCAAAAGACCUUUGCAGGACCAGAGAUGUUGAGGUGCCAUCUGCGCAUACAUACCGGAGAGCGGCCAUUCCACUGCAAAAUAUGUGGAAAAGCCUUUUCUCAGAUCGGUAACAUGAAGAGACACGAGCGUGUGCACACAGGUGAGCGCCCGUUCACCUGCGAGAGAUGUGGAAAGACCUACAAGCAUUCUUCUCACCUGAAGAACCACAUGCUCAGCCACACAGGUGAACGGCCGUGGCAGUGCUCUCACUGUGGGAGGAGCUUCAAGUUUGCUGGUCCUCUUAAGAAGCACGAGAGAAUUCAUCUGGGCGAGCGCACAGACCGCAGAAGGAGCUUUGAGCAAACCCGUGGCCGUAAGAAACUCGAACCCAAAAGCCCUUGACUGAACAUUGGAGUCUGCAGUUGAAACAUGACAUGACCAUUAAACCUGUUGAAAUAUGUUGCAUUAAUAGGCAUCAUGGUAUUUCAAUCAUGCUGGAUGACUUCAACAUACAAAUAAAUAAUUGUUUAUUGCACAGUAAAAUGGCUGAAAGCAAUAUGUGAUUAAAAUCACUCAAUACAACAAAGUAUCGUGAAUUAUGUACAGAAGAAUUAACGAAAGGUUAUGGCAUAUUUUUGUCGUUUUCUCCGAGUUCGGAAGGAGGUUACAAAAUUGCCCAUCCAGAGAAUUAAUGGAUACAUUUCAGUUCUGAUUAUCUUGUCUCCUAAACAAAGGUGGCUUAUUGCUAUAAAUGUCUUGUUUUAAGCCAUCGUAUUAUCUACUAUUCCAUAAUUACAGUGCAAUGCACAACUUGGCAAGGUAUUUUUUACACAGAGAAAGUGGACAGAAUGUGAGCUUAAACCUUAAUUUACAUAAUUUGGAUCCAACAUUUGGAUCAUACACAUUGUGCUCACUCUUAUGCUAAUGAGAUUUGGCGUCAUCCUGUGUACUGGUAAACUACAUAUUUUGUUGCUAAAUCUAGCAAAUCAAAUAUACUCAUAUCUAAUGCAUUUAUGUAACAAGGAAAUCUUUAGUGUUGCAUUUAUUUCCAGGUCAUGACUUUUCCUCUUAAAAUUGCUUCUCAUUACGAUAAAAAUAAACAAUAAUAAUUCAGUAGUGGAAGUUGUUUUUAGAAGACAUUAUUCACUCCAGGAAAAAUCAGUCUAAACCAGGAAGAUAAAGAUUAGCUAAAUUCACACGUUCCCAUUAUGUUAUAAAAUAUUUCAGUGUUUUUUUUGUUUUUUUUUUUUAUCAUAAAAUUUGCAACAAAAUCGAACUAAGCUUAUUCACAUUCCUGUUACUUGAUUUUUGAGUCCACGACUUUAAAAAACAGUCUGAGAAAAAUGAGAUUUUAUGCCAUCUUUGUCAUUUUUCAUAAUAGAUGGUUAAAAAAAAAAAAAAAAAAAAACUACAGUUACAAAGUACAAAGGAAAUAGCACUGAUUGGUCUCUGAGGAAAUGACUAAUCCAAAUAACACCUUGCUAUGCAAAUAUUAUACUGCCUUCAAAGUCAUGGAAGAAGUUGAGACAGUUCAGUGUUCCCUGUGAAAAUGUGUGAUCAACUAAAGCCACAAAACAACAGCACUGGUAGGCAAAUGUCUUUUAGAUGUGCAGAAAUCAUGUACCGGUGCCUUUGCACUCAGCUGGUCAGGGGGUUGUGUGUCCCCUUGCUCCAUCAUCCACAGGCCAUGUGACAGAAAAUACCUCAAUGUCAGGUCCCGUUUGUACCUCUCAGGCCAGAUAUGGAGGAGAAAGUCAGUCUUAUGCACACUCCACAGGAGAUUCUGUGG